AUGGGUAAAACACGAAGAAAUAAACGGAAAGUGAUUGUUGGUGAUACAUUUCGAUGGCCGCAACAAACAGUACCAUAUUUUCUCAAAGAAACUGAUCGUGAAUGGCGACGUACGAUACUUGAUGGAAUGAGGAAAUGGGAACGUGAAACAUGUAUACAUUUUAAAGAACGUACCAAUGAAAAGGAUUAUGUGUAUAUAUUUCGAGGAGCUGGGUAUAUUUGA